UGUGCCUCCUCCACAUACAAAAGAAGUUCUUUCUGAUGUGUUAUUGGAUUUUUUAUUGGAUUGGAAUAUGGAUAGGAAACUAUCUACAAUCACCGUGGAUAAUUGCUCAAGUAAUGAUGGCAUGAUUAAUAUCCUCUCAGAGAAAUUAUCUUCAAGUGGGUCACUUUUAUUAAAUGGAAAAAUCUUUCAUAUGCGAUGUGCAGCACAUGUCUUGAACUUGAUUGUGAAAGAAGGUCUAGAUGUCAUUAGAGUAGAAAUUGAAAAAAUUCGUGAGAGUGUUGCAUAUUGGUCAGCAACACCAUCAAGAGUGGAAAAGUUUGAAGAUGCAGCUCGCCAAUUGCGCCUUCCAUGCAACAAGAAGCUAUGCCUUGAUUGUAAAACACGAUGGAAUUCUACAUACUUGAUGUUAUCAAUAGCUAUAACUUAUAAAGAUGUGUUCCCGCGUUUGAAGCAACGUGAAAAGCUCUACACCACAGUGCCAUCAGAGGAAGAAUGGAAUUUAGCAAGAGAAAUAUGUGAAAGGCUGAAAUUGUUUUAUAAUAUAACAAAGUUGUUCUCAGGGCGAAAUUAUCCCACUGCGAAUACCUUUUUCAUCAAAGUGUGUGAGAUUAAAGAAGCAUUGUAUGAUUGGUUGAUUUGCUCAAAUGAAGUUGUAAGCACAAUGGCAUCAAGUAUGUUAGAAAAAUUUGACAAGUAUUGGAGUGGAUGUCAUAUUGUAAUGGCAAUAGCAGUUGUAUUGGACCCAAGAUACAAGAUGAAGAUUUUAGAAUUUUAUUUUCCGAUAAUGUAUGGGUCUGAAGCUUCAAGUGAGAUUGGAAAAAUUCGUCAACUAUGUUAUGAUUUGCUUUCUGAGUACCAAUCAAAGUCUAAGAUGGGUCAACAAACUUCAUCUCAUGGUGCUUCAUCAGUUUCAAAUCUCUUUGAGUUGACCUAUGACGAACAAGAUCCUCUUUCGAAGUUUGACUUAUUUGUUCAUAGUACCAGUGAAGAAGGUCAUGCGAAGUCGGAGUUAGACUACUACUUAGAAGAAACUGUUUUGCCAAGGAUUUCAGAUUUUGAUGUUUUGAAUUGGUGGAAAACAAAUGGUAUUAAGUAUCCGACUUUACAAAUGAUUGUUCGAGAUAUCUAUGCCAUUCUAGUAUCUACAGUUGCAUCUGAGUCAGCCUUCAGUACGGGUGGUAGGAUGGUAUCAAAACAUCGUAGUAGACUCCAUCCAAAUACUUUGGAGGCCUUAAUGUGUGCUCAAAGUUGGUUGGGAAAUGAAAUGGAAGGUAGUUAAUCUAAAAUAUUUUCAAUCUUAUGAAACAACUAUGUUGAAUUUUUUAAUAAAGUUGUUUCUUGUUAUUCUUACUUUUAUUGGGUGAUUCUUUGCUUGUUAACCGAGGGGGCAAACUCACAAUCAUGGAUGAAGAUGAUGAAUCACUCUUGCUAUAGGUUCUUUUCUUGAAGUGAAGUUGGUAUUGGAGAUAUAUUUUGGGACCCAAGAUACACUUUUUAUUUUAAUGCUCUUUUUUAAUCUUAAUGUGGUUAUAUGUAUGAAUAUGUUGGGAAGACUUUAUGUUUAAUGUUUUUUUUUAAUGUUGCCAUAUCCAUGGAGAUUUUCUAUUUUUAUAUGUUGUAGUUGUGAUAUUUAUUUAUUUUUCAUUUUUAUCUUAAUGUUAUAAUUUAUAUUGUUAUAUCCAUGGUAUUAAGCAUCAAAGUUGUAUUUUUUGGCAAAGAAGGCAUUAGUGCUGACCUAAUUGCAGUAAAUGAAGACGUUGGGGCUGCUUGUUGGGGCAUUAGUGUUUAUAUUUCUCCAAUGCCUCUCAGAAUUGUUGUUGCUGGUGCUAGAUUAUUAAAGAACAAAGGAUAUGGAAAGCAAAAGAGAGAGGGCCCUUUGCAGGCUUUGGGGUCAACUGUGGAAUACUCUGAGCGUGUGGGGAUGAUGAGCAAGGCGGCUUGUUUGUAAGUAACAUGGGCUCUAGUGGAGUGAACUUUUCAGCAUUGAGGAUAAAGAAGGGACCAACAAAUCAAGCAGAGGAAUUAACUAAAGAGGAUUUUAACGGGGUAAAGGUAAGGCAUCUCUAGAUGGAAAUAGGAUAUCAUGGAUCAAGUGUGACCAUGGAAUUUCUUUUUACUGUUAUCUUAUUAUUCUUUUUCUU